AUGGAUCUUGGCACGAUGGAAAAGCGUCUCCAUGAGGGCUACUACAAGACGAUGGACAUGUUUCAGCAUGAUUUUAUGCUCGUCACGCAGAAUGCACAGACGUUCAACCCCCCCACGUCCAUCUACCACACCGCCGCGCGGCGCCUCGAGACGUGGGGCCUGCGUGCGAUUGCACGCGAGGCCAUGAGCGUCGUCGACGAAGACGAGCUCCCAUCGCGCGCGUCGCCACAGGAGGCCGAGGGCGGCCGUCGUGGGCGGAGAAAACGCACGGCGCAUGAGCGGGCCAUGGGCGAUAGCCUCAUUGAGGCGGAGCCUAACGCGGAGCACCUGAGUCGGCGCAUGAUGCGUAUCGGCAGCGCUCGCUCGACGACCUGGUCGCUCCAGGGCGUUGAUACCGAUGACCCCGCGGAGCUCGUAUUUCGGCGCACUUUGGCCUAUGCGGGUGUCGGGCAGCACCAACUCACCGGCAAGAGCGCAUGCAGUGCGCGUGCUCAGGCCAAGGCCAAGCCGCGACUCGCGCCCCCGCUCUCGCUCCUGCUUGACAGCACCGCACCGGAAAAGAGUGGCGAUCCGGAAAGUGAUGCGGCACCGCUCGUGUACCGAGACGAUGGUGCACUCGAGGCCUCGGAGCUUGCGGAUGCACGCGAGUUUCUCGCGCAGCAGGCUUACAACCAGCCGGUGCUCGAGUCCCUGCAGCACUUGCCCCUCUCGCUCUCGAUGCCGGCGCCGACGAAUGGUGGCGCACCUGCUGAGCCGAGUCUGGUGUUUCCGCCGGCCCAAGUCGGCCGGCCGGACGCUAUGCUGGCGUCGACGCUCGCUGCGCCGGUCGCGCCGAGCACGAAUGCGAGCCACACGUUUGCCGACACCCCUGUGCCUGAGGCCCAGCGGCCACAGCCGUAUGCGGUGGCGUCGCAGCCCGGCCCUGCUGGCCUUGGCGCCACGAGCCCCUGGACGACCCUGCACGUGUGGCCGGCACCCGCGCCGCCGGCGCUCCAGGAGUCUGGGCUUCGACUGAACCGGCGCGAGCGCGAGUUGGAACAGGAGCUCGAUGAGCACAACUGGACGUUUGGUCGGCCCCACAUGCAACGACUCCUCGCGCAGGAAGAUGUCGGACUGUAUGCGAAUAUGCCGGCGUGGGCGGCGCGCCGAGCGGACCAGCCCCAGCUGCAGUCAUACGCAGCUGUCGCAGGCCCACGUCUGACGCAUCUGCUCCGUGAGCAUUUGCGGGCGAUGCCGUACCGUGCGCUGGGCCUGCCACGCACGGCGCAAUUUGUGCCGCGUGCCUCGCUGCAGCAGCUACCUGUGGCGCUGCAAGUAUCGAUGCAGGGUGCCCAGGAGACAGAGCGGCUCAUUGAGACGGUGUACGGCAGCGUCGAUGGCAUGGCGUAUGCGCGGAGUGUCGCUGCGUUUGUGGGCGGUGCUACCGAUGACCUGCCGGCGGACGAGCCGGAGCCCCGCGUGAAGCAGGAGUCAGGGCCCGCGGCGCCACCGCGGCGCACGCGCCCGGGCGCUUCAGAUGCACUACCCCUUGCCGAACACGUGAAGUGGCGCGUGCUGUAUCCUCUCACGGGCGGCCUGCUGGGCCUGCUGGACGACGCAGGCGCCGCACUGGCACCGCGUCAUGGGCUGGCCGAUCCUCUGUUGGAGCUGCUGGACGACAAGGAGGGACUGGUCUCGUCAGCGCUAUAUACAAUGUAA